AUGGUUCUACUAAGCAUCGAACAAUUGGAAAAAGUAAAAAGUGAUGGCCUUUAUAUUCCGCAUUUAGAAAAAGAAUCAUGUGGAGUUGGCUUUGUGGCAUCAAUACGCGGUAUCGCUACUCAUCGAAUUUUAUGCGAUGGACGAACGAUGCUUCAACGUUUGGCACAUCGUGGAGCUUGCGCUUGUGAUAACGAUUCCGGUGAUGGUGCAGGCGUAAUGACUGCUAUACCGGAUAUGUUGUACCGGAAUGAUCUCAGAAAGUGCAAUGACGAAGGAAUCGAAUUACCUCCAGUUGGUGAAUAUGCGACAGGUUUGCUCUUUCUCAAGAAUGACUCAUACGAACAAGCUAUUGAAGCAUUCACAGAUUUGGCUAAAGGCUGCAAUUUGAAAGUAAUUACUUGGCGCAAAUUACAAACAAAUUCGGGAAAAAUUGGAGCUGAAGCACGUAAAACAGAGCCAUGCAUACGGCAGGUAUUUGUUACAGCACCGUAUGCUGCUGCCGAUACGGAACUGUUUCAGCGAAAUCUUUAUGUGUUGCGAAAACAAGCUGUAGUACAAUUAGCUAAACAAAAAAUUGAGUGUUAUGUUGUAUCUCUCAGCACUUCAACAAUUGUUUAUAAGGGACAAUUUACACCGAAUCAGCUCUAUGAAUAUUAUUCUGAUUUGACAAAUCCGGAAUAUGUAUCACAUAUGGCAAUGGUUCAUAGUCGUUUUUCAACCAAUACAUUUCCAUCAUGGUGUAGAGCACAACCAUAUCGGAUGGUUGCUCAUAACGGUGAAAUUAAUACUCUACGUGGAAAUGUCAAUUUUAUGCAUGCACGUGAAGGCACUAUGAGAAGUCACGCAUAUGGCAAUAAUCUUCAGAAACUAUAUCCGGUGGUCGAACGUGAUAUGUCGGAUUCGGGGUGUUUUGACAAUGUGUUAGAAUUUUUGGUGAAAGCUGGUAACCGUUCCUUGCCAGAAGCAGCAAUGACAAUGGUUCCAGAAGCUUGGGAAAAUGACGAGGAAAUGGCUCCCGAAAAACGGGCAUUCUACAGAUGGGCUGCAAUGUUAAUGGAGCCAUGGGAUGGACCAGCGUUAAUGACAUUUUCGGAUGGACGUUAUGUUGGAGCAAUUCUGGAUCGAAAUGGUCUAAGACCAGCUCGUUUCUGCAUCACUAAGGAUGAGCACAUUUUUUUGGCCAGCGAAGUAGGCAUAGCAGAUUUGGAAGAGGAAAAUAUCAUCCGAAAGGAUAGGCUACGAUCUGGUCGUAUGUUACUUGUGGAUACCGUAGAAAAGAAAAUUGAAGAAGACAAUGAUUUGAAGCUACGAAUAGCUCUUUCACGACCACACAAAAAACUCAGUUCGGCUCGAAUAUAUCUCGAUCAACUUCGCAGAAACGAUGUGUUAUCACAUGGUGCUAUAACGAAUGAGUACCUGAUAAAACGCGAGCUAGAAUUUCAAUGGAAUGAAGAUAGUGAUCAUCGGAUAUCGAAGAAACAUCACAGAGAUUUCCAUCUGGAUGAAGAUCGACGUCUCAUGGCAUUUUCAUACACACCAGAUUCAUUCGCUAUGCUUAUUGCACCAAUGAUUAUUGAAAAGAAGGAAGCAUUAGGUUCAAUGGGAAACGAUGCAGCUUUAGCAUGUCUUUCUGAUUAUAGCCCACAAAUCUUUUCAUAUUUUCAACAACUUUUUGCACAGGUAACGAAUCCACCAAUUGAUCCGUUUCGAGAACAGAUUGUGAUGUCACUCAGGUGUCCUGUGGGACCUGAAUCUAAUUUGCUAGAACCAAUGGAAGAAUUGGAAGAACGAUUGAUCCUAGAACAACCAGUCUUAUCUCUAGUCGAUUUGGAAGUUUUGAAACGCACAACCUAUAAAGGAUGGCGAACAAAAGUGAUUGAUGUUGUUUAUCCCACCAAACAUGAUUCUAAGGGAUUGUUACCAGCCCUGGAUCGAAUCUGUAGUGAAGCAUGUGCGGCAGCACUCGAUGGAUAUCAGAUGAUAGUACUUUCUGAUCGGAAAGUAUGUCGACAAUUGGUAGCAAUUAGUCCACUUUUGGCACUUGGCGCUGUUCAUCAAUGCAUGUUAAAGCAGCAGUUGCGCAUGAAGGUAGCAUUGAUAGUUGAAUCGGGUCAAGUUAAAGUUGUACAUGAUUUCUGUGUUUUGCUUGGUUACGGUGCUGAUGCAAUUUGUCCAUAUUUAAUAUAUGAAACAUGCCAUCGCCUUCGCAAUAUGGGUCUCUUUGAUAGUGAAAUAAAUGAUGAACAGGUAUUUCAAGGAUAUAAAGCUGGUAUCGAGCGUGGUAUUUUCAAAGUUAUGGCGAAAAUGGGAAUAAGCACUUUACACAGUUAUAAGGGAGCGCAAAUUUUUGAAGCCGUUGGAUUAGCUACAGAAGUUGUAGAUCGUUGCUUCACAAAUACUGUAUCACGUUUAGGUGGAGCCAGUUUUGAAAUUCUUGCAGCUGAAGCAUUACGUAUACAUCGAAAUGCUUAUCCAGCAGCUUCAGAUAAAGAAUACAAUUAUGGUGACAGCAAAACUUUGAUCAGUCCUGGAAUAUUUCAUUGGCGAGAUGGCGGUGAAAGACAUAUCAAUGAACCAACAAAUAUUGCAAAAUUACAAGCAGCAACAAAAUUAAAUGAUCCCAAAACAUUCCAUGAAUAUUCAGCAGCAUCUAAUCUUGCUCAACGUAUGUGCACAUUACGUGGACAAUUGGAAAUCAAAACAAGUAAAAAAUUGCAAAUACCGUUAUCAGAGGUAGAAUCUGCUGCAGAAAUCGUCAAAAGAUUUGUUACUGGAGCUAUGUCAUUUGGUAGCAUUUCAUGGGAAGCUCAUACCACUCUUGCUAUUGCAAUGAAUCGCAUCGGUGGUAAAUCAAAUACCGGUGAAGGUGGUGAAAAACAAGAACGAUACAGAAGUGAUCAACCCAAAGAAUAUAAUUUACGAUCUGCUAUAAAACAGAUAGCGUCAGCUCGAUUUGGUGUGGACAGCGCUUAUUUAGCAAAUGCUGAUGAAUUACAAAUAAAGAUUGCCCAGGGUGCAAAACCAGGUGAAGGCGGAGAACUACCAGGUCACAAGGUCAGCAUAGAAAUAGCGUCAACACGGAAGUCAUCUCCGGGUGUUGGUCUUAUUUCACCUCCACCACAUCAUGACAUUUAUAGUAUUGAAGACUUGGCGCAACUCAUUUAUGAUUUAAAAUGUGCGAAUCCAUUGGCUCGCAUUAGUGUUAAAUUAGUUUCUGAAGCAGGUGUUGGAAUCAUUGCUGCUGGUGUCGCUAAAGGUAAAGCUGAACAUAUCACAGUAUCAGGACACGACGGUGGUACCGGUGCUUCAAGUUGGACCGGAAUAAAACAUGCCGGAUUACCAUGGGAACUUGGAAUAGCUGAAACUCAUCAAGUGCUAUGUAUGAAUAAUCUACGGAAUCGUAUCAUUUUACAAGCUGAUGGUCAGAUUCGAACUGGACGUGAUGUAAUGAUAGCAGCACUGCUCGGAGCCGAUGAAUUUGGUAUGUCAACUGCGCCAUUGAUUGUUCUUGGUUGUACAAUGAUGAGAAAAUGCCACUUGAACACUUGUCCUGUUGGCAUUGCUACUCAGGAUCCAAUUUUACGAGCAAAAUUCAAAGGAAAACCGGAAUAUGUUGUCAAUUUCAUGUUUAUGGUUGCUGAAGAAGUGCGUUAUUUCUUAUCGAAACUGGGCUUGCGAACUUUACAGGAAGCCAUUGGACGUGUUGAUUUGCUAUAUGCAAGUCCGAGUCCAAUAAACAAGAAAGCAACCAUGCUGGAAUUUGGUAACAUUCUACUGAAUGCUCAGAAACUUUUCCCGAACAAUGAUAUUCAUGGCAGUACUGUUAAACAGGUAAAUAUCAGUGAUUUGGAGAAACGAAUCAUAAAAGCAGCAAAAGAUUUGUUUGAUGAAAAUGGUGGACGUAGUGGUCAUAAACUUUUUAAGGAUUUCAAGAUUGUUAACACAGAUCGUGCAUUUGGCGUUAGAUUAAGUUAUCACAUAUCAAAACAGUUCGGUGAAACUGGAUUAUCGAACGAUCGCUCAAUUCGUAUCAAUCUCGUAGGACAUGCAGGGCAAAGUUUUGGUGCAUUUUUGGUGAAAGGUGUAUCACUUUAUCUCGAAGGUGACGCUAAUGACUGCGUUGGCAAGGGCUUAUCGGGUGGCAAAAUCGUUAUCUAUCCUAAUCGCAAUGCAACUUUCCCUUCAGAAGAAAAUUCAAUUAUUGGAAAUGUAGCACUCUAUGGUGCCACCUCAGGAUUAGCACUAUUCCGCGGUGUAGCAGGUGAACGAUUCGCGGUGCGUAAUUCAGGUGCUGAUGCUGUAAUCGAAGGUGUUGGUGACCAUGGUUGUGAAUAUAUGACCGGUGGGAAAGUGAUCAUAUUGCAUAGCAUUGGACGAAAUUUUGCUGCCGCUAUGUCGGGUGGUUUGGCAUUCAUUUACAAUGGCAAAGGACAGUUAAUCCACUACAUUAAUAUGGCAACAAUUGAUUUGGAAGAACCAGACAAUGAAGACUUGGAAUGGGUAAAACAGAUGAUCGAGAUGUUUGUUCAGGAAACUGGAUCCGAAAUUGGUAGUGCUAUCCUAAAUGACUGGAACAUUGAGAGCGAAAAUUUUAUAAAAGUUUUCCCGAAAGAUUAUAAACGGGCACUAGAACGUAUCAAAGGAGUCGAUGCAGUCAGAAUUGCAAAAGAAAAACAAGAAGCUCUAAAAGAUACUGAGGAUUUAAUAGAAGAUGAGGUAUUUUCACAAACAAUAACUGCACGAGAUCGUAAAUUCUCAAUGGAUAUGCAAAUUGCUGUCGAGCCUGUACGACGAAAAAUGACCCUUGGUACAGAGAAAAACAAGCACCUUUCAGUACCCAAUAUUGGAAGUCAUCAUCGUACAUAUUCAAAACUUGUUCGUCCUGAAGAUUAUACUGGUUUCGAGGAAAUAAAAGACCCACAACAGGAAGUUGAAGAAGAGGAUGAAGAAGAGGAACCUUCAGAUAUCGAUGAAUCAGAUAUUGAAGAUAUAAAUGAAUAUACGAUUGAUAUUGAAAAUAUUCAUAUGCUAAAUAUUUCGAAGAAAAAUAAUGAACCACUAAAUAAACUGAGAGGUUUCAUGAAAUAUCGUCGCCAAACAGUGGUUUAUCGGCCCGUUGAAGAACGAAUAAAAGUUUGGAACGAAAUUACGGAUUAUGGCGCAGUGCGGUCAAAUAUUCGUGUACAAGCAGCGAGAUGUAUGGAUUGCGGCGUACCAUUCUGUCAGGGAAAUACAGGAUGCCCACUUGGGAACAUAAUUCCAAAAUGGAAUGACUAUGUCUUCAAGCAGAAUUGGCGACAAGCACUCGAGCAGCUUUUGCAAACAAAUAAUUUCCCAGAAUUUACUGGUCGUGUUUGUCCUGCUCCUUGCGAGUCAGCAUGCUGCUUGGCGAUCAACUCACCACCCGUAACAAUUAAAAGCAUCGAAUGUGCCAUCAUUGAUUACGCUUUUCUACAAGGCUGGAUGCAACCGCAAAAACCAAAUUAUAGUACCGGCAAACGUAUUGCAAUUAUUGGAAGUGGUCCAGCUGGGAUGGCAGCUGCAGCACAGCUGAAUAAAGUGGGGCAUGCAGUUGUCGUAUACGAGAAGAAGAAUCAUGCAGGUGGCUUGUUAAGAUACGGUAUACCAACAAUGAAAUUGGACAAGUAUGUUGUUGAUAGAAGAGUCAAAUUACUGGAAGAUGAAGGUGUUCGAUUUAUAACAAAUACUGAAAUCGGUAAAGACGUUUCAGCAGACUUCUUACUUAAGGACAAUGAUGCAAUACUAAUUUGUACGGGUUCAACGAUACCGCGUGAUUUGUUGAUCUUAAAUCGUGAUGCGAAAGGAAUUUGUUUUGCAAUGGAUUUUUUAGAGAAAAGCCAAAGAAUUAUAGCUGGUGAAGAAGAUGCCUGGGAAGGUCUGGAUGCUAAAGGGAAACGAAUUAUCAUCCUUGGAGGUGGUGAUACUGCUACCGAUUGUAUCGCAACCUGUACAAGAUUGGGAGCGGAAAGUGUGCAAGCAUUGGAAAUAAUGUCGCAACCCCCGGAUGAACGAUAUCCAGAUAAUCCAUGGCCUCAGUGGCCGAUAAUAUUUCGUACUGAUUAUGGACAUGAAGAGCGUAAGGAAAUCACGGGUGAUGAUCCACGUCUAUUUGGUUUAUCAACAAAGAAAUUUCUGGUUAAUGUAAGUGGUUCCGGACAAAAAAAUUUAAUUGGUCUCUUAACGAUUCGUGUUGAUUGGAAAAGAGAUGAAAACGGGGCUUGGAUAAUGUCUGAGAUUGAUGGUAGCGAAAAAGAAUUGCCAUGUGAUUUAUGCAUACUUGCUAUGGGAUUCACAGGUCCAGAAAAGAUUGUUGUCGAGCAACUUGGAAUAGAAACGGAUAAGCGAUCGAAUAUUUUCACCGCAAAAGAUCGAUAUAGCACAUCAAAAUGUAAGAUUUAUGCCGCUGGUGACUGCCGGCGAGGCCAGUCUUUAGUAGUUUGGGCGAUUCAUGAAGGACGUCAAGCAGCCAGACAGAUUGAUCAUGAUUUGAUGGGCAAAACAACUCUUGCUGGACCGGGUGGCGUUGUGCUUGCUCCAAUUCAAAAUUAA